AUGGUGGUUAAAGAGAGUACCCUACUGUAUUUCUUACAGGCAUCAUUUUCAAAUGUCAAGGCAUCUAAAUCUUCAAAAAGAACAGUAGUAGUUGCUGGGGUUCCAACUGAUCUGUGCAGUGAUCAACUAUUAGCCACAUUAGUUAAGAGUCACGACCAGGAUGAUGAUGGAGCUGUUGAAGAUGUGCUAUAUCCAACAAGAGCCAAGGGAGUUGCAUAUCAAAUAGUCAAAGAAAAAAGAGAUGCAGAGAAAGUCAUCAGACAAAAGAAACACUGUCUGGACAUGAUUAGGAGUGCUCAACUCACGAUUUCUUGCUUUAGUGAUAUGGUCUUCAACUCUGUAACUGCUAUCUUGGAUCUUUCUGUUUUUGGGAGUAAUGUUGUUCUAGAAAAUCUGAUAAGGAACUUGCAAGAGAAGAUCCCAGCUUUAAGCUUCAGCAGCCUGGAAUCCAAUGGAAUAGUAUUUGUGGAAGGUUCCUUUUCAGCUCUCAAGAGGCUCAGAGAAUCUUUACUGAAAGCAAAUUCUCUUUUAGGAAACACGAGGGAUUUUGCCAGUGAGAGGAAAAAGGGGACUAGCCAAAGCUACCCAAAGGGACUGCCAAGAAGUGGUGACUCUAUAGGGUUACUUAGGACCCUAGGAUCUAAUGUCACUGGACACGAAGAAACAGUUGUGCUGGACACAGAUGUUUUCCUUUAUCUGAAACAGAAGUGCAGAGUGUAUGAACAAUCAUUGGACACAUUCCAUGCUCUGAGUCAGGAGAGAGUGGAUGGGGACAUUACCACCAUCAGUUUAAAGCAUGCUCAAGUUGAUUCUCAUCGAGACAAUGUAAGACAUGUAAAACAGAUUGUUGAGGAGCUGUCCCAAUCCCUGCAGUAUGAGCUUAGAAAAGAGACACUUCUUUUGGAAGGAAAAACAAGACAGAAGGCAAACAUUAUAAGGGUGUGUAAACAGCUACAGCCCAGGUACCGGGAGAUUCUGAGAAAUUCUUUUAAGACACACAUUGACAUUAUAGGAUCUUCUGCUGACACCUGCCUAUUUACAAGGGAGGUGAUGGAAUUAGUACAGCAAAAAAAUUCCUUAAAUCUUCAGCAACAGAAGCGGUAACUGUGGCUUUCGCCUUCUGAAUAUUGACUCUGCCAUACUCGAGCAAAGCUUGACAUGCCUGAUCUCAUGCUGUCAUACAACCAUGUCUCACCAUGAGCAUUGCCAUCCCCACAGCAUAGGGAAGAAAGUAGGACUUGGAGAAAUUAAAACUCUUGCCUGGGGUUUCCCAGUAGAGAGAAAAAAAAAUGGACUGGGGUUUAACCCUAACUGUCUGAUUACAAACACAAUAGUAUCUAAGGUGCAAAACUUUGAAAAAAAUUCUUACCAAACUCUUUUGAAUGCAAUUCUGUUCCUCCACAGCUCCAAAAUAUUCCACAAAUAAAUACAUGAGAAGUUGGGCUGAUUGUUAUUAUGUUAUUGUUGCUUUCUUAA